AUGUGUGGCCUCUGCUGGAUUAACUUCCAAGAGGACACCAUGAACGGUUGAACCAAAAGAGCACGCAGCUUCGCGUCACCGAGGAGAAGCUCCGCCAAGGCCUUCAAAUGGCGAUCGCUACGCUCUCUCCAACGUCGUCUCUGCUCCCGCGCGCCAACCCUUCGACCAAUGCUCGUCUCGCGCUUCCCCAACUCCCGUGGCCCUGUUCAAGUUCACAUGCAAGAGGAGGAAGUGCUUACCCGCCAAAACUGCGAUCAGCCGUCAGAGACUCGCGCAGGAGAACGAGCGUCGCCACCUGCUCUGCUGCUGCAUCGCCCUCGCCUUCGGCUCUUCCGUCGGCUCUUCUCUUUGACUGCGAUGGAGUGCUCGUGGAUACCGAGAAGGACGGCCACCGGAUUUCCUUCAACGAUACUUUUCAAGAAAGAGAAUUGGGCGUCACCUGGGAUGUAGAUUUGUAUGGAGAACUUCUGAAAAUUGGUGGGGGAAAAGAAAGGAUGACAGCGUAUUUCAAUAAGACAGGGUGGCCUGAAAAAGCCCCAAAAAGUGAAGAGGAGAGGAAGGAGUUCAUUGCUGCUCUUCACAAGCGAAAGACAGAGUUGUUCAUGGCCCUUAUUGAAAAGAAAUUGCUGCCCCUUCGACCUGGAGUUGCAAAGCUCAUUGAUCAAGCACUAGCAAAAGGAGUACGAGUUGCUGUCUGCAGUACCUCGAAUGAGAAGGCGGUCUCUGCAAUAGUUUCAUGCUUGCUUGGGCCUGAAAGAGCAGAAAAAAUCAAGAUAUUUGCGGGAGAUGUGGUUCCGCGUAAAAAGCCAGAUCCUGCCAUCUAUCUGUUGGCUGCCAGCACCUUGAGUGUUGAUCCUUCAAGUUGUGUUGUGGUUGAAGACAGCGCCAUUGGCCUCGCAGCAGCCAAAGCUGCUGGAAUGAAGUGCAUCGUGACAAAGAGCGGUUACACAGCUGAGGAGGACUUUGUAAAUGCUGAUGCGGUCUUCGAUUGCAUCGGAGAUCCUCCAGAGGAGCGCUUUGAUCUCACAUUCUGUGGAAGCCUUCUUGAGAAGCAGUAUGUUAGCUAGUCAACUUGCUUCUCGGUCCUUUAGUCAAUUCUUUUAAUUUUCUUAUAUAUACUCUUGAAUAUAUUCUCCAUAUCCAUGAUGGUAGCAUAAUAGAUCUUAAACGAAGCACGGAGAGAAGUCCUUGAAAUGUACAGGACUUCAAUUUUUAUCGCCCUAUGGUAGUCUCCUCACAAUAAGUUUGAUUCCAAAAGAUGCGAGAAAUUAAGCCGAACUCCAGCAUUCUGAA